GGCGACAGCCACGUGACACCCGCCCACCGAGCCUUCGUUCAUUCAACUCUUCAUUGACCCGCCCAUUCGCCAACACAUCGCCAGUACUCAUAGAGUUCCCGCACCAUGCCCCCCAAGUCAUCCUCUCGACCGUCCGGCCAGGACUCUCCCGGCGCCUCCCUUACUACCCCUUUCAAGACGUCCUCACGACCAUCUGCAACCGACCCCAAACCAUCUUACAGCUCCGUGGGGCUAUCACAAGAUGCCGCUCAAGCUCAACUCGCUGUGUCAUCGCCUCUAUUCGAUCACGACAAUAUCCAGUCUCUUAGCGCUCCAGACAUGACUGCUAUUGUCCAAUCUUCCACAGAGAUUGAGCACAGAGUGGAAACCAACAUCUACAAUCCCAUCACUCGACACAACGAUCCUGAAAGACGAGUGUACCGAUUUCUGGAGGAGGUCCUCGACCAUAACCAGUCCAUGCUUGGCAUUGCUCGAUUUGCCUCUCGUCGUCAGGGUUGCCCAACGAGGCCUGUGUGCUGUGUGGUGGGAGAGAGUGAGGAGAAAUGCUACCGCACUGGUCUCGAAGACUCAGGCAAAUUGGAGGCCAAGAAUGAUCUUUUGCAUGAAGUCACCAGCAAGCUUGGUCUUAGCGAACAUAUCACUCUGCUCUACGAAUGAGUCGUUGAUACCAUCAUUGAUAUGCUACAACAGUGAUCAUGCCAAAAUGGCAAAGAUACCAAUCCGCGGAUCAUGCCCAAUCUACUAUGCAUCGGUCGCGUCAGAA